UCAACAUGGCGCCGAGCGGGUCGCGGCGCUCAGAACAGUUUCAUUAAAUCCGCUCGGGUCUGUGGCUCGCGGGUUGUGUGAAUGAUGCAGCUGGUAGUCAGAGGGCUGAGAGAGCUGUGUGUGAAAGCGCACCGUGUGUGUAUGGGUUCACCGCCCCGCCGCCGGAGUUACCGUCCGGGAGGACCGAGUGAAGGAGGGCGUGGCCAUGGGGUCACUGCAGAACAUGUGGCUGGAGAACACAGCUGGAUCUGCGGUUCUUCUGCAGCAGUUCUAUCAGCAGUACGCGGAGAUGUUCAGGUUGUUCAGAACUUCAUCAGUGAAGAAGAGGAAGUGGCUCUACUCCAAGAACUCGACCCAGGACUGAAGAGAAAAAGAUACGAAUUUGAUCACUGGGAUGAUGCAAUUCACGGCUUCAGAGAGACGGAGCGGCUGCAGUGGGGUGGAGUGUGUGCCGGUGUAUUGGAGCGACUCCGAGUAGCAGCGUUUCCUGAGGGAAGUCCAGUACUGGGUCCGGUUCAUGUUCUGGAUCUGGACAAGGCCGGUUUCAUCAAACCUCACGUCGAUAGUGUGAAGUUUUGUGGAACCACAAUUGCUGGUCUGAGUCUUCUGUCUGACAGCGUGAUGCGUCUCGUCCGUGAAGAGAACUCGGCUGACUGGGUGGAUCUGCUUUUAAGGCGUCGUUCUCUCUAUAUAUUGAGAGAUGAAGCUCGGUUUAAAUUCACUCAUGAAAUCCUGAAGGAUGAGGAUUCGUUUUUCUCAGGACGCAGAGUUCCUCGGCAUCGGCGCAUCUCAGUUAUUUGCCGGAAUCUUCCACUUUAGACUUUCACAAUGUUGUGUUUAAUAAUACACAGGGUUAAUAAAUUCUGAUGAAUCACGUUGGAUCAAA